AUGACUACUGGUUCUUAUAUAAAUCGAUUGAUUGUUGACAAAUCAUUAUUUAAUUCCGUUCGAGGUCAUGCACCAUCCUAUGAUCGUAAUCAUCUUCAACAUGGUAUAGUUCAUUUAAGUGUUGGCAAUUUCCAUCGUUCACAUCUAGCUUAUUAUAUGGAUAUAUUAGCAAGUGAAUACGGACAAAGUGAAUGGGGUAUUGUCGGUAUUGGAGUCCGUUCCGUUGAUAAACCGAUGGAUACAGUGAUGAAAGCACAGCACGGUUUAUAUACAUUAGUAUCCAAAGGUGUUAAUGACAAUGAUAUAAAUGUUCGAAUUAUUGGUUCUCUAAUUCAUUAUAUAUUUGCACCGGAACAACCCGAAGAAGCAUUAGCAAUACUUGUUCACCCAAAUACAAAAAUUGCAUCGAUAACAAUUACUGUCGUUGGUUAUGACUUCGAUGUAAAUCAUGCUGAUAUUCAAUAUGAUUUUAAAAAUUCUGAUAGACCUAAAACAAUAUUUGGUUUUCUUGUGCAUGCAUUAGAUGCGCGUCGUCGUGCUAAUGAAAAACCAUUUACGAUUGUGUCAUGUGAUAAUGUUCAACAGAAUGGCGAAACAACAAAAAAAUGUAUUUUACAAUUUGCUAAACACUUAAAUAAUCCUGAUUUAUUGGAAUAUAUUCAAACAAAAGUUUCAUUUCCAAAUGCUAUGGUUGAUCGAAUUACACCCGUAACAAACGAUACUGAUCGUGAAUAUGUUCGAUUACAUUGUGGUAUCAACGAUGGAUGGCCCGUAAUAGCUGAGCAUUUUAUGCAAUGGGUUAUUGAAGAUUCAUUUUGUAACGAUCGUCCUCCAUUAGAAUUACUUUCUUCAUCACCAUACAAUGUUCUUCUAGUUGAUCAUGUCGAAGCAUAUGAAUGUAUGAAAAUGCGUCUUCUCAAUGCAUCACAUACAGCUAUGUGUUCUAUUGGCUAUUUAAUGGGUUAUACAUACAUCCAUGAAAUAAUCUCAGACAAAGACAUAAAAUUUUAUAUUGAACAAUUAAUGGAUAAAGAAAUAACGCCUAUAUUAUCUCCUGUACCUGGUAUUGAUUUUGAAAAAUAUAAACGUACAUUAAUUGAACGCUUCUCCAAUCCACAUAUUAAAGAUAAUGCACAAAGAAUAUGUAUGGAUGGAGCAGCAAAAUUUCCGAAAUUUCUCGUUCCUACUAUUCUGGAGCAAUUUAAACGAGGGAAUAAUCCACAUUAUUUUGCAUUUUCUAUUGGAGCCUAUAUAAGGUAUUUAGGAGGAUAUGAUGAACAGAAUCAACCCAUUAUAUUACGAGAUCCUUUAGCAGUUGAACAUAAACUUGAUAAAUUAGCUGCCGGAACAAAACCAGAUGUUCAACAAAUAUUAAAUGUUCAACAAAUAUUUGGUGAUAUAGCUGAAAAUAAAUCAUUCAGUGAAAACGUCGAACGAGUUGUUAAACUUUUCUAUGAAAUCGGUUCGAAGAAAACGCUUGAACAAUGGAUUCAAGAAGCACCAACGAAAUAA